GGUAUAAAACCAGUUGUGCAUUUGAUUAACAUUUCCUGAUUCCAAGUUUUGUAGAAUUCAUUUUUGGUUACUGAAUUCCUUGGUGAGUGAUCAAAACUUGUGGAAGUGAUUGAGAUUGAGACUCAGAAUGGUGUGAGGGGAGAUUUUAAGACGAUGGGUCAGAGCAUUGGAUGGGAAUUCAAUCACUGUUGCCUAUCAUUUGACCAUCAGCGUGUCAACGACAACCGGAGGUGCACUCAAUACGUUAAAAUAGCGAGUUAACGGCUCCAUGAUCAACGGUAUUUUGGAUUUAUUACUAGAGUAUGGGCACUCGACGUACGGGAUUCACAAACCUUGGCGGUGGAUCAUCAGCUGCUCGAGGAAGUGCAGGAGUUCUGAAAGACCGUGCUAACAUGUCAUUUAUGCUCGUUGUCAUGUUCUUUGCGGUAUUCGGUCUUAUCGUGCUGACGGAAAUAUUUCUUAUUGAUGAGAGACGAACAAACGGAGGUGUAGGUGCACUUGGUGGACACAGAAAUGGUCACCGGGUGCCAGGACCAGAUCGUCCUGACUAUGAGGAAGUUGUGGCUGAGGAUUAUGUGGGAUUGAGGGGCGGAUUUGAUGCACAAGUGGGGCUUCUUAUUCAUGGAGAUUCGGAUGCAAAAGUUCCAGCAAUUCCUUCAGACCCCAGGGGCUUAUCAAGCUUACCACCAAGUAUGGAAGUGCGACUGCCAACUCUUGAUCAAACCCUCAAGAUGACUCACGCUGAAUGGCUUCCAAUAACCAACACCAGAUAUAAAUUUUUCGUAUACUCUGCCUACUUUGACGAUCGCAACGGAGGCAAUCCGAGUUCAAAGCACAUCCCGAAGUCUCCAAAGUCUCCAGGUUCAAUCCGAAUAAUCGGUGCAACUAAAACUCGGUCACCAGAGCACGUCUGGUGUCGUCUUUGGUACAAACGACCUGCAAAUACUUCAAACAUAACUUUAUCAGUGACAGUUGCGGCAAAAGUCAAAGUGAUACGUGAGAAUUGGAACUUGAAGUACAGUGCUUGUUUCGUUAUUUGUCCGCUACCAAAAGAGAUACCAAUUGGUGUAGAUACAGAUAAGCCAAUUCCGGAGGCAGUGAGCAUUGUUGCGAGACUCAGAGCUUCACCGACUAAUCGAAUACUCGUCCUAAAUCGACCAGAAGAUAGACCCAUUGAUCGUGAACCAUUGGGGGUGUGUGUUAAGCCACUCCAUUACGAUUACAAUAGAGUUCUGCAAUUAGUCGAGUUUAUCGAGCUUCACAGACUUCUUGGGGCCUCCCACGUCACCUUAUACAAUGACACUGUCGGUACUGAGGCUGGAUGUGCUCUUAAAUACUACGAGAACUUGGGAAUCGUCAAUAUUUUACCCUGGCAUCAUCUUGAUAUGAUCUCGCAGAGGGAAAUACGCACUGAGAAUCUCUUUGCUGCUCUUAAUGACUGUUUAUAUCGAUCCAUGUACAAGUAUGAGUUCGUCGCACUUUUGGAUCUUGAUGAAUUUAUUAUCCCAAGGCAUAACGACACCAUUAUGGAUCUUCUAAG